AUGGCUUCUCCAUUGUACCGGCUUCUGCCCCUGGAGCCCAGCGUCAAGGAGUUUCAGCAACAUGCCACUACAGAGGUCCUGACUCUGUUUCCUGUUGAGAAGAGAAAGGGUCUGUUGAGCUAUGGAUUGCCGGAAUCCUGUCAAAAAGUGUGCGAUGCGCUACUGCAAAACUUGGCCCCCGAAAUUGAAUUAUGGGCGAGGAGUAUGGGUCUAACGGUUAAAGACCUUGGGAGCCCCGAGAUUCGACCCCAGGCCUUCCGCCUCGAAAAGGAUAACACAUCGACACUGCUCAAAGGUUACACUGCAAUUGUGCUUGCCCUCGGAAACACAAACUACGACGUCGAACUCAUUUCUGGCGAUAAGAAGUCCUCUCGCACCGAGACGUGGGAUCCCAAGUUCGCACUUCAUCUCCGGGAGACGGGUCUACGAGCGAAAGGCGGCCACAUCAGAUUUCUCUACAUCCCCCUCCAAUUGGAGCCCGUUGAAAGACCGUGGGAAUACGCUACUUCAUGA